AUGGCGCAUGAUGAUAUUAUAAAGGCUGAAGCUGAUAUGAACCGGAGGAUGCUUGAUGAUCACCACCCUGAACCGCCGCAGAAUCAGCUGCCGGAAAAUCAGCCACGUCACAACCGUCACCCUCAUCUGAAAUGCCCUCGUUGUGAUUCUACUAACACCAAGUUCUGUUACUACAACAAUUACAGUCUCUCUCAGCCUAGGUACUUUUGCAAGACUUGUCGGAGGUAUUGGACCGAAGGCGGAACCCUAAGGAGUGUACCGGUUGGUGGUGGUUGUAGGAAGGGUAAACGUGCAAAAACAGCUGCUGCAAGCACGGCCUCCUCCAGUUCUGACAUUAGUCUAGACAACCCAAGGCUUCCAUUGUCUAAUUCCUCGACAUCACAACUACUGCUUGGCUCGAACUCGAGCCUACUUGGACCGGGUAGGGUUAAGGAAAUGGGUAAUAUGACUAUUUCACCCAUACCAGCAGCUUCUUACUAUCCAAAUGGUGCCUUUUUUCCAUCUUUCUCAUCCAUGAGAUCAUCUAUGGGACAUCCACAGCCUCUGCUUAGCCAUCAAAGACAAAACUUUGGAACUCUGUUUGGAAUUGGAGGAAGUUCUUCAUCUAAUAAUUCAAAUGUGACACUCUUCCAAGGGUUCAAUAACAACGCUGCCCCUCCAUCCAUGGCUCAAGCCCAACAAAAUGAGCAGAUGUUUAACCAUCAUGUCAUUAACUCUGGAGGCCAUAAUAUUGGAGAUCCGAAGAUCAAUAACAACAUGGAGCCGUAUUUUCUGUAUCCAAAUGGGCAUGUCAACAUUGGAUCGUCGUGGAGCCAGAACCUCGUGAUUAACAACAACAACAACAACAAUGGGACAAUCGACUCGGGGGCUUACGCCAUUAAUCCAAACCAAUGGCUUGAUCAUGAUCUUCAUAGGUUUAAUGGUCCUCCUCCAGGGUUUUAA